AUGAGUUCCAUAGAAGAAAAUGAAGAUGAGUUUCACAACUCUUUUAAAUCUAGUAAAUCUAGUAAUUCUCCUCUUUCAGAAAAAAAUAGUUCAAUUUUUGUUUAUGAAAAUUUUAGCUUUUAAGAAAAGUAAGUUUAUUUAUUAUUUUUAGUUAACAUCACAAAUUACAAGAUUCUUACGAAAUUUUAAAAAAUAUGCAUGGUUGUAAUGAGGAUUAUAAUAUUAAAAUUAAGAAACAAAAACCAUAAUAACAAUUAUAAUAUCAAUAAUAAUAAAAAUAAAAUCGAUUCCUAUAAUUCGAACAAUAAGAGGAUGAUGCAGAAGAAACUAUAAAUUUUCAAUUUUUGAAAAAUUAGUAGCAAAAAAAAUACAAUAAGAAAAGUAAAUCAAAUAAACAAAAUAAUUUCCAAUAAAUGUUACAUUUAAAUGAUAAUGAAUAGGAACCUGAUGAAGAAUUAUAAUAAAUCCUUGAUAAUUUUUUCGAAGACAAAGAUUGUUAGUAUAGUUAGAGCCUUUAUUAAUGA